CCUCUCCGUGUGUGUAUAUAUAUAGCCAUCUAUCUCUCUUUCUCCUCGAACUUGAUAAACUUAAUACAUAUGCUAAUUUGCAAAAUUCAUAUAUAAUGAGCAAUAUCCCUAAAUCUCUAUCCGACGUCGCUUUAACCUUGUUCAAUCUCGCCAUCUCGGCCUCCGAUCCUUGGCCUUUUUCUCUCUCUUUAUAAACCCUAGUUUCUCUCUCUCUCUCUCUCUAGAUCUCUCUGUGUUGUUGAUCAAUUCAAGCUGUACAUACAUAUAUAUUGGAAGAUGGUGAACGGAGAUAAGAGCGGCCACCUGAAUUUCCAUCUGCACAUGCCGAACAUUCACUUCCGCGGCGGGGGUGGGAGUAGGGAGGUUAGGGGUAUUCCGAAGGGAUGCGUGGCGGUGACGGUGGGGCAAGGGGAGGAGCAGCAGCGGUUUAUUAUUCCGGUGACUUAUGUGAACCAUCCCCUGUUUGUACAGCUGCUCAAGGAGGCGGAGGAGGAGUACGGCUUCGAUCACGACGGUCCGAUCAAUAUUCCGUGCCACGUGGAGGAUUUCUGCCAUGUCAGAGGCGUCAUUGAUAAGGAAGCGACGGCGUUGUAUCGCCGCCACCAAGACCACCACAACCACCACCAUCAUCACCACCAAUUGUUGUGCUUCAGGGCUUGAUUUUCCGCCGCCGUCUCUUGUUAAAUGUUGAGUUAGUAGUUGACAUGUAAUGGUGAUUAAUUUGUUCUGAUUAUUGAUUAUGGUUGUUUAUUAAUUAUUACUUUGUUUCUUUUUUGAGAUUUUAUUAAUUAUUACUUCAA